CAAAUAUUCCUUCACCACCAGAAGUAUAACCCUUGGCUUCUAGGGUUAGGGUUUUCACUUCUUCUUCUUCUUCUACUUCACCUUUUUCCCUUUUCAAUUUCUUUUCUCCAUUUCCCGCUUCUCUUUCUAAUUACUGCAACUGCUGUUCCACUUCGUUGCUUUAUUUUUCGAUUUAAUUUCUGGAUCUCGAUCUCUGUUUCUCUUCAAUGGACAUGCGUAAGCGGAGGCCUGAGCCUGCCUUCAAUUCUAAUGGUACCUUCAAGAAGCAUAAGCAAGAACUGGAGCCCUUAUCAACUGUAGGGAGCAAAUCGAAGCCAUGCACCAAGUUUUUCAGUACUGCUGGGUGUCCGUUUGGUGAAAGCUGCCAUUUCUUGCAUCACGUUCCUGGUGGUUAUAAUGUUGUGGCUCAAAUGAUGAAUCUCCCACCUGUUGGUUCUCACCCGUCCAGAAAUAUGGCUGCCCCGCCUUUGGUCACCAACGGCGGGUCCUCUGCUCCGUCCCAAGUCAAAACUCGCAUGUGCAAUAAGUACAACACUGCCGAAGGCUGCAAGUUUGGCGAUAAAUGCAACUUUGCUCAUGGAGAGUGGGAACUUGGGAGGCCUCCAUCUCACGAUAAUCCCCAUUCUAUGGGAGGACAUAUGGUUGGUCGAAUGGGUGGCCGAAUGGACCUGCCACAACCAGGUCCUGCUGCAAGCUUUGGUGCUUCAGCUACAGCGAAAAUCAGUAUAGAUGCCUCCCUUGCAGGAGCAAUCAUCGGCAAGGGUGGGAUUAACUCGAAACAGAUUUGUCGCCAAACGGGUGCCAAACUCUCCAUCAGGGACCACGAAUCAGACACAAAUCUCAGAAACAUAGAACUGGAGGGUACUUUUGAGCAAAUUAACGAAGCAAGUGCAAUGGUGAGAGAGCUUAUUAUCACAGUAUCGAUGGCAGGACCCGGCAAAGCCCCCGGCGCGAUGGGAGGAGGUCCUGCUCCUUCAGGUAGCAACUAUAAAACAAAGAUGUGUGAUAAUUUUGCAAAAGGUUCUUGUACUUUUGGUGAGAGAUGCCAUUUUGCACACGGGGCGGCCGAGUUACGCAAGUCUGGAGUAUGAUCAUGUGCCUGAUUUUGUGUAGUUUUAAUUAAAAGAAAGUUUUUGUUUCAAAGCAUGUGAUCAACACGAGUGCGAUAUUGAAGUCGGGUAGGGUUCUUGUUCUUUAUGUUGUAGCUUUAUGAGCAUCUCUUGUUAUUCCUUGAUUAGAAGAUAACUGAAGAUAAUUAAGUU